UCUUCUUGGUGUUUUCUCCCGGCCGUCAGCUGGACGUGGCCGCGAGCAGGGCGAGGAGGGAAAGGACGCUCGUGGAGGGAAGGAGAGACGAGAAGACGAGGGAAGAGAGCCUCUUCUCUCCGGAUGAGCCCUCUCUCGGUACGGCUCGUUCACAAUCUGCUGCUCCAGUCUCGCGUCGAGUCCCGUCGCCGCAUCUUUUCGGGGCUCCUUUCAUUCGUUGCUCCUCUUCGGCUUCCCAUUCGCGGAAACGACGUUCAACAUCAACGUGAAGUGCAAUCGAACUUCUUUUUCUUACUAUUUCUCUUAAUCUUUGUUAACAAAUUUAUAUCUAUCGAAGAAUACGUUUAAUUUCGUGUAAUUGGCUAAUGAUAACUAUCUUUCUUUCACUCGAUCAGUCUGGCACUCGAACUCGAUUAAGGAAAUUCUUAGGGGGGUGAGCUUAAAAUUGUCGGGGCGAAUGCUGGAGAAUUGGUGAUUGGAUAUUAUCCGAGGAAUUAUACGAAGCAGAUGGUUGAGACUAAGCUCGAGGCCUGAGAGUGAAUUUGUUGGAGGAUCGGUUGCUCGUGGUGGAGUAAUGUUGAUGAUUUCGUUGACAGGUAUGGCGCGAAGUUGAGAUUAAUUUCCAGAGUAAUAAAGUUGUUAGGAAGAUACGUUUAUUGUUGUUGGAAGUUUCUUGCAUCUAUUUCGUGACAUUGCUCGUUUCGUACACGAUCCAGUUUAUCAUUAUCUUUUGGAUUAGUAGUUGAGAGCGUAAGAUACUUUGAAGCUGUUAAGUCUGAAGCCAUUAAGCAUGUUAAUUUAAGCGUGUUAAUUCUGCCGAGAGGUUUGUGAGAAUGUUCUUUGAUAUUCUGAUAGUCUUCUAUGAAGAAGUUGAUCUUCGGUGAAAUUUUUCACAGAAAAUAAUUGUUCCAUUACUGUUAGUUUUACGUAAUUCAUUAAAUAUCGAUUGGAAACUCUUUCUUACCUCAUGCAAACACAGUGAUUAACCAAAGAAGAAAACAAAUCACAGGAUAGAUAGUUUAUUUCGUUUAUUUAAGCUUGUACUCUUAACUUUACGCGAUUCACAACAUAUUCACUGAAAACUUGUAAAAUAGAUCAUCUUCUUGGCUCGUGCAAACACAGCGAUUAAUCACUAAAGAUCCACAACACAAAGUGAAUCGUUCGUUUCGUUUAUUCCAUAAAUAUAGUGACUAAUUGCUAGAGAAUUCGUCGAAAAAAAGGUUGCCGAUAUUGACUUGUUAUUCCGUUUUCCUCGGGCAAGUAAACGAUUAAUAGACGCAUUUAUCAAUCCGCUUGCCCCGUUCUCGACAUAAUAGAACGUGCGAACCAGACUGAUCUCUUUUUAUGCGAGUUUUACACGAGCAUACCAGGCUUUAUGGAACUUUAAUGAUAGCCUCUGCUCGGUCCGCUUUUACGUUAUGAUAACGAGUGAAAGCGGGAGUGUGUAUCUCGCUACGGCGAAUUUCCGAGGAACGUGGCGUCGACUCGAAUCGCCUGUUUCCCUUUUUUCCACCAGGAAUAGGGUCCUUCCUGGCUAGAACGAGAUCUCGAUUAAUAAAUGGACGCUGUAAGCGUGGAAUUCCAGCUGGAAAUUCUGUAGUUUCCUUUUAAAGAUAGGUAUAAAGAUGAUAAAUUGUACGACAUUCUAAAGUGUAAUCUUUCUAAUGUACGUCUAAUGCAUAAGAGAUUGGUUUCCCAAGAAACGCAUAGCUUGAAAAGUUCAAACGGUUAUUUGAAUGAAAAAUAAUCAGUAUGGAUAAAUAAUUUGCUAGCGGGAUUCAUUUUUACUAGCAAAAAUUGUAGAACAAAUAGUUUAACUUUUUCCGUUUUAAGCCUUUCUAGACUCAUACAUACAAUACGCAUCGAAGUAAUUCAUAGAGAUUACUGUUAGAUUGCCAUAAUUAGAUAGUGGACGUUAAUACAAUUUGAAAAACUACUGUUAACCUAUUUUUGUCAGAUUUGAGUGAAUUAUAUCGUCUGCGCCGUCAUAUUGCUAUUACUCUGAAAGAAAAAUUCAUCCCGAAAAAGUUAAAUUAUGUUUAGUUACGUUCGUUUCUAGAAUAUUGAAUGACCUGAAAAUGAAUUUCGUAGUUCCAGCUCCGUUUUGACGAAGGAACAGCUAUUGUGAAUAUUUAUAUCAAAAGAUAGUUCCAUCUAUCUCAUCGUACUAAUUUGGUGCUUCCGGAAAGGCGUCAUAGUCAGCGCGGAAUCGCGACAAUUAUCGCACAUUGUCUCCUCGCUUGGUUUACGUGGUGAGGUUUUCGCUGUUCUCGCGAGAUCGAAAACGAAACAUAAUUUCCACGAGUGUGACUAGUUUCGUUCUCCCCAUUAAUCUGGGUAUCGUUAUGAUUCCUCGGGAAAUAUGAUUGCAAAAUAAUUUUAUUUCUUCAUUUUUGGCAGGACCAUUCGCACUAUCCAAUUCUUCCGGGAAGGUGUCUAUAUCUUUGAAAAGAACAAUACGAAAAUUCGUUCGAUGUAUUAACUUCAAAUAGAUGGGAAAUUACCUUAUUUUGAAAAACGAUAAAGCGAUAUAUUUUCACAAUUCAAGCGACUUCCAACAAACAAUAAUUCCUUCGCCUCUAAACUUUGCCUAAUGAUUGAGUAACCGCGACGUUAAAUUUAUCAAAUACAAUCGUCGAAAACUAAGACGAGCUAGAAUUCACUUGCAUUAAUUUUCAAAACUUUCGAUGUUAUUGAUAUCCCAUAAUAAAUUCCACAGAUUUUCAGGAAGAAUCUGAAAGAAAAUUGCGUGCAGGAGACUUGUUUUCUACCCCAAAGAUUCCCGACGAAUCGAAUCAGAAAAUCUCCCCUCUGGAACGGAGACGCGUCUAUUACAGAAUUCCAAGCGCGUCAGAUUACCCAGCAUCCAGUCGAUCGGGAACCAUGAUCGUGGAACCGAUCGUGGUGUCGAUCGCGAGCCAGCGUUGAAAUCGUUCGAGCCCUCCAGAGACAGAGAGAGAGAGAGAGAGAGAUAGAGAUAGAGAGAGAGAGAUAAACAGAUAGACAGACAGACAGACAGACAGAUAGACAGAUAGACAGACAGAGGAGAGAGACUUCAUUUCCGCGUGUGAUCGUCGAUUGAUCAUGAGACGAGCAUACGAAUAACACGCAAGACGGAUCGUUGAACAGUUUUCUCGUUUCGACGAGACGUGAGAAUCGAUGACGCCACCCGCCAAAAUGCCGAACGUGGCGUUGAUCCUUGCUACCUGGUUACUGCUGAUCGUUCCUCGAGAUGUGUCGAGCACGGGACAACGAUACACCACCAGCCCGACCCAGGAUCUGGAUAACACUUUGCAAUCGGUGCCGCCUGUCGGGCCGAACGUGUGCAGGUCAAGAUACAAGAAUUACUGUUGCCCCGGUUGGUCAAAGAAGCCUGAGACCGGCCUCUGCGUAAUUCCUGUAUGCGUUAGACGAUGCGGCCCACUGGGUAGAUGCAUCAGGCCGAAUAUUUGCUUGUGCGAGGGUGGCACAGUAUCUUCGUCUUGCAGCAGCAGUCAAACCAAAGUUACUACACACGAAACUGGCAACGCGUUAGAUAGGGGUGAGUCUGGAAGAUGCAGGGUGCAUUGUAUAAAUGGCAACUGCGUGGAUGGCAAAUGUCAGUGUCGUAAUGGAUAUCAGGGCGAAUUUUGUAACGAACCAAUUUGUCGAGAGCCAUGCUUGAACCAAGGAAGAUGUAUUGGUCCAGAUCGUUGUGCAUGUAUCUACGGUUAUACCGGUAGACGAUGUGAAACAGAUUAUAGAACUGGGCCGUGUUACACGAAAGUGAAAAAUGGACAGUGUUUGGCAAAUCUGCAGGGUGUCGUUUGCACGCGACAGUUGUGCUGCGCCACCGUGGGCAAGGGCUGGGGUCACCCUUGCGAAAGAUGUCCCGCCCGACUCGACUGCGAGCUGGGUCACUUGAAGACUAACCAAGGCCAGUGUGUUGAUAUCAAUGAAUGUGAGGCGAUACCAGGCUUAUGCGAGGGUGGCAAGUGCGUGAACACACCCGGCUCAUUUACCUGCGAGUGUCCCGAUGGUCAGGCCAGAGAUCCCGAGACCAACUCUUGCAAAGAUAGAGACGAAUGUCAAGAAGAAGGAAUCUGCGCAGAUGGACGAUGCAUAAACACGAACGGUGGCUAUUAUUGCCUUUGUAAUCCAGGAUUUAUCCAGAGCCAAGACCGAAGAUUCUGUAUCGAUGGAAGACAAGGUCUGUGUUACACGUCCGUGAACAGAAACGGGCAAUGCAAGAAUCGGCUUUCAAUGAGGCUGAGCAAGAAGGAUUGUUGCUGCGGCAAGAACAUGGGACGUGGCUGGGGUGACGAGUGCUACAUCUGUCCGAAUCACGGAAGUGACGAUUACAACAGGCUUUGCUUGCAACAACUGCAGCCGAUCAUCGCGAUAAACGAGUGCGCGCUGAGACCGGACAUUUGCGGAAACGGGAAGUGUAUAGACACAAAGGACGGAUACGAGUGCGCCUGUUAUCCUGGAUUCACGAAGAAGGCUGGCAGAUGCGAGGACGUUGACGAGUGUCUGUUGGGAUAUUGCCAAGGUGGUACUUGUCAGAAUUACGAAGGAAGCUUCACGUGCGAGUGCCCGCCAGGAUUCGUCGUUUCUGGUGAAGGCAGAUACUGCACGGAUCACGAUGAAUGUCAGGACACCGGAAUGUGCAAUAAUGGACAUUGCAUCAAUAUGAAUGGAUCUUUCAAAUGCAAGUGCAACGAUGGUUACACUUUAUCUCCUACAAAAAAUACUUGCAUCGAUAUCAAUGAAUGUGCCGACAAUCCAAGAAUCUGUUUAAACGGUCGAUGUGAAAACACCCCAGGAUCGUAUCAUUGUAUUUGUCAAUCUGGAUUUACUGCCUCUCGAGACAAUACGUUCUGCGUAGACAUGGAUGAGUGUUCAACAAGUGGAAUGUGUGAGAAUGGAAAAUGCGUGAAUAUGGAGGGAUCCUUCAAAUGUGUCUGCGAUUCUGGCUUCCGAAUUGGACCAGACCAGAGUCACUGCAUCGACAUCGACGAAUGCUUGAGUGGCCCAUGCCAAAAUGGUCGCUGCACCAAUACUCCUGGUAGCUUCCGAUGUGAAUGUUAUUCUGGAUUGAAUCUGGGACCAGAUGGAAGAUCUUGUUUAGAUACGAGGAGAGACCUAUGCUAUUCCCAGUACAGAGACGGACAAUGCUCGAAUCCUACAUCGACAGCAGUAACAAAAUCAAGUUGCUGCUGUUGUACUGUAAUAUUAGGACAACCUAUGGGCUGGGGAAGCACAUGUCAACCCUGUCCACUCCCGGGUACCAGCGAAUUCGACUCUUUGUGUCCACAUGGCGCAGGAAUGACUUACAAUGGAGAUGAUAUCAACGAGUGCGCACAGAAUCCGAAUAUCUGUGUGAACGGUGGCUGCGAGAAUCUUAUGGGAACCUAUCGUUGCAUCUGCGACAGUGGUUACGAGGUAGAUGCUACAGGAAAAGUUUGCAGCGAUAUAAACGAAUGUGAAUUGGAGGAGUCAUUGUGCAGUGGUGGUCAAUGUCGAAACAUCCCUGGGAGCUUCCAGUGUGUUUGCCCAACUGGCACGAGAUUCAACACGGGCAACCAUAUGUGUGAGGACAUCGACGAGUGCGAGGAACUUGGACCAGAUGUUUGUUUGAACGGAAUCUGUGUAAAUGUUCCGGGUUCCUACGAAUGCGAGUGUUCUCCUGGAUACAUUCUGGAUCACACUGGUCACAUUUGCAUGGACAACAGGAGAGGUUCCUGCUGGACCAAGAUGAUAGAUGGUCGAUGCGAGUACAAUUUGCCCAGACUGGCACUGAAAUCUGAGUGCUGCUGCUCGGUGGGUGUAGCCUGGGGAAGCCCGUGCGAACUCUGCGACCGUUCAAUCUGCGAAUGUUCUAAGGGUUACGCGAAAUUCGGCGGGAAAGACUGCGUGGACGUAAACGAAUGCGAAUUAAACAGUGGUAUCUGCAAAGGUGGAGGCACGUGCGUGAACACCGAUGGAUCUUAUCGUUGCGAAUGCCCUCCUGGUUUAACUUUAGAUGCAACGCAUAUCACUUGCAUAGACACGAGGCAAGAGACUUGUUAUUUGGACUAUCGCCAUGGACAAUGCACAAAUGCGAUAGAAGGACAAUUUUCUAAGAGUCUCUGUUGCUGUUCUGUGGGUCGUGCAUGGGGUAGCGAAAGAUGCGAAUCCUGUCCAAAACCAGGCACCCACGCGCAUCAAGAACUAUGCCCAAGAGGAGACGGUUUCACAGACAAACAGGAUAUCAACGAAUGUAUCGAGUUUCCUGGAAUGUGUCUAAACGGAAGAUGCAAGAACACGGUUGGCAGUUUCAGUUGCAAGUGUAACCAGGGUUUUGCAUUGGACGAACAUGGAAUUAAAUGUAACGACAUCGAUGAAUGCGAGAUCAUGCAUGGAGUGUGCGGAAACGGGACCUGCAGAAAUACGCCUGGCAAUUUUCAAUGUGAUUGCAAUCCUGGAUAUCGCAGCAGCGAUAUAAUGAAAAUUUGCAUGGAUAUAAACGAAUGCGAGGAGAUACCAGGACUGUGUCGAGGAGGAACCUGCAUCAACACCGAGGGCAGCUUCAAAUGUCAAUGCCCGCCUGGUCACGAGCUGAGUCCUGACAAGCAGUCCUGCAAGGAUAUCGACGAGUGCUCGAGAACCAGUGGGAUCUGUUCGAACGGCGUUUGCGAGAACAUGAUGGGCACUUAUCAGUGCAUAUGCGACGAUGGUUAUCAGCAAACUGGAUUGAAGUCUCACUGCGAAGACAUAAACGAAUGCGCUACCAACAACGGUGGCUGCGAGGACAUCUGCCUGAACAUGCCUGGAAGCUUUUCUUGUUCUUGCAGCACUGGAUUCGCGUUGAAUCUCGAUGGUCGAUCGUGCGUGGACAUUGACGAAUGUAAAGAAAACCCGCGAAUCUGUAACGGGGGAAAAUGCAGUAAUAUAGCUGGCGGCUACAUAUGUACUUGCACCGAUGGAUUAAUUCCUGGCAAGGAUAGUGCCUCUUGCAUUGAUGUCGACGAGUGCACCACGCGGCCAAACAUUUGUGGCUAUGGUGAAUGUUACAAUACCAUUGGUUCUUACAAUUGUCGAUGCGAAGAAGGAUAUUCGGUGAAGCCAGACCAAGGUCCAGGAUGUACCGACGAUGAUGAAUGUCUCUUAAACGCGUAUUCCUGUAGCGAAUUUGCGGAAUGUCAGAACACACAAGGUUCAUAUGAGUGCACGUGUCAUGAAGGUUUCGUAGGGAAUGGGGUUGAGUGCAGAGAUAUCAAUGAGUGUCUAACGAAUAACGGAGGAUGCGAUUCUAAUGCACAGUGUAUAAAUACCGAGGGAUCCUUUAAGUGCGUCUGUGACGCUGGAUUUAGAGGCGAUGGCUAUGCCUGCAAGGACAUCGACGAAUGCGCCAAUGACAAUACUCUCUGUGAAAAUGGACACUGUCUCAAUUACCCUGGAUCAUUUCGAUGUGAAUGUGAAAUGGGCUUCAUGCAUCCUGACGAAAAUAACGAGCAAACUUGUGUGGAUAUAAACGAGUGCGAGAUGUUCAGUAAUCUCUGUGUAUUUGGGCGGUGUGAGAAUAUAUUCGGUAUGUUCCGCUGCGAGUGCAACGAAGGCUACAAGUUGGAUGGUUCAGGUGGAAAUUGUACAGAUAUCGAUGAAUGUGAGAAUCCACAGUCGUGUCAGUAUGGCACGUGCAUAAAUACUCAGGGAAAAUAUAUUUGCAAGUGUCCGCCUUAUUACGAGUUAGUCGAAGCUGGGAACGCCUGUGUAGAUAGACGAAAAUCAAUGUGUUUCACCGGGUUCGAACACGGUACCGGAAAACCGCAGUGCAUCUUCGACGUAGCUUCUUCAGUUACCAAAGCGACCUGUUGCUGCAGUAUUGGCAACGCUUGGGGAAAUCGCUGCGAGGAGUGUCCUCGCCCUGGAACCAAAGAAUUCGAGGAAUUAUGUCCCGGUGGUUCCGGGUACAGACCCAAUCAGGAGACUGUUAUUUUAGAGGACAUCAACGAAUGCGAGGAACACGAGAAUAUUUGUCAGAAUGGUCAUUGUACUAAUACUUUUGGUAGCUUUAUGUGCUCCUGUAACGAGGGUUUUAUUUUGGAUGACACUAAAACCAGUUGUAUAGACAUAGAUGAAUGUGCUUUGCAUCCACAAAUAUGCGGAGUAGGUCGCUGCAUCAACGAUCAAGGAAAAUAUCAUUGCGAAUGUCCAGAAGGAUAUAUGGCAAUGCCAGGAGGAAAGGAAUGUGUCGAUAUGAGAAAGGAAUCGUGUUACCUAAAUUACGAGGAUGGUCAAUGCUUCAAUUCCAUGAUGCAACCACAAACGAAAAUGUUGUGCUGCUGUUCCAUGGGAGCUGCAUGGGGAAGUCCUUGUGAGAAAUGUCCAGCUGAUAGAACUCGAGAGCACGACAUUCUGUGUGGCAUGGUACCAGGCCAAAUAAUGAAUCCCAUAACGAAUCAUACGGAAGAAAUUGACGAGUGCGCCCUUAUGCCAACAAUGUGCACUCACGGUCGUUGCAUGAAUACUCCUGGCAGUUUUGAGUGCCAGUGUGAUCGAGGAUACGUGUAUGAUCAGGAUUCGCAUCAGUGUAUCGAUGAAAAUGAAUGUUUACAGAUUCCAAAUCCUUGCAGUGGCAACGCGCAAUGUAUAAACAAGCAAGGUUACUUCGAAUGCGUUUGCCCAGCAGGAUACAAACUGGGCCUCAGCCAACGAGACUGUGUGGACAUCGAUGAGUGCUACGAACGACCCGGAAUUUGCAACAACGGUGCAUGUAACAACUUGCAAGGUAGCUUCCAGUGCGUCUGCCGUCUUGGUUUCGCAUUAACGAGAGAUAGAGAUAACUGCGUGGACAUCGACGAGUGUCAACGCAAUCCGAAUAUUUGCAACAAUGGAACUUGCGUAAAUACACUUGGAUCGUAUAAAUGCAUCUGCUAUCAAGGAUUCAAGCUAAGCCCUAAUAAUGAUUGCGCUGACAUCGACGAGUGUCGAAUAAUGCCAUUCCUAUGUCGCAAUGGAAGAUGUCGAAAUACAAUUGGCGCUUUCAACUGUGAAUGUGCUGAUGGCUAUGUGUUGGCCCAAGAUGGUCAGCACUGUAGAGACAUCGACGAGUGUCACGAAAUUCCUGGACUCUGUCCGUCACCAGGAAAAUGUCAGAACUUGAUGGGAUCGUACAUAUGCAACUGCCCUCCGGGUUACGAGUUGGAUCACACGAGAAAGAAGUGCGUCGAUGUGGACGAAUGUGAGGAGACGCAAGGAAUUUGUGAAAACGGUCGCUGCAUUAAUACAGAAGGAGGAGUGAUCUGUGAAUGUCCUGUUGGAUACAAACUAAGCGACAAACCAAAUUCGAUGCGGUGCAUCGAUGUCAGAGAGGAACUCUGUUACGAUCGGUAUAUAAGACACGGUGCACGAUGUUCUUCUCCUCGAACGGGCGCCAUGACGAAAAAACAUUGUUGUUGCACUAUGGGAAAAGCGUGGGGGAAAUACUGCGAAGAGUGUCCUCCAGAAGACAGCGAGGAAUUCAAAAGGCUAUGUCCGGAGGGACCAGGCAGAGAUGACACAGGAAUCGACUUGAACGAGUGUCUGUUCAUGCCAGACGCCUGUGUCGGUGGCGAGUGUAUCAACACUGAUGGUUCCUUCCGGUGUGAGUGUCCCUCUGGAUACGUAUUAGAUGCAAGUGGCAGGCGUUGCAUUGAUAAUAACGAAUGCUUGUCCCAACAAAAUAUCUGUGGCAAUGGAACGUGCACGAAUAUUGACGGUGGUUUCGAGUGUUCCUGUAACGAAGGAUUCACUCCUGGAGUAAAUCAAGUUUGCGAAGAUGUGAACGAGUGUCUGGAAAUCGGCAACCAGUGCGCGUUCCGGUGUCACAAUGCGCCUGGUUCUUUCAGGUGCAUUUGUCCUUAUGGUUACACUUUGGCUCCCGAUGGACGACAUUGUAUAGACGUGGACGAGUGCGCAACACCAGCGAAUAGUUGCAAAUAUCAAUGUAAGAAUCUUAUCGGUUCCUUUAUGUGCAUCUGUCCACCUGGAUAUCAACAAAUCGGCAUGGCUGACGAGUGUAAGGAUAUCGACGAAUGUGCAAUUAAUUCAGGCCUAUGUCGAAAUGGUCGAUGCGUCAAUCUAGAGGCUAGUUAUCAGUGUCUUUGCUACGAUGGCUUUGAACAGAGUCCUGAUGGAAAAUCUUGCAUAGAUCGCAGGAUAGGUUACUGUUUCUUGCAAACGAUCGCUGGCAGAUGCACCACAAGAGCUUCCGACGUAAAGACAGUGACAAAAGCAGACUGCUGUUGCACAAUGGGCGCAGCUUGGGGCCCGUAUUGCGAGAUUUGUCCAUCCAAAGAUUCUGACAAUUAUAACGAACUCUGUUUGGACAAAGGUUUUUCAAUAGACGGUCAAGAUAUCGAUGAAUGUAAAACGAUUCCUGAUUUGUGCAGAAACGGGUUGUGUAUCAAUACGCUUGGUUCUUAUAGAUGUGUAUGUAAUAAAGGUUACAAGGCUGAUAAAUCUGGAACCCAAUGCGUUGACAUAAACGAGUGCGAGCUAACGCCAAGGCCAUGCAAAUACAAUUGCCAGAACACGGAAGGAAGUUUCAUUUGUUCCUGUCCUGCCGGUUUCAUCUUAAAUCCUGAUGGCGUCAGUUGUAGAGAUCUGGACGAAUGUGCGACUGGAAAUCAUCUGUGCCAACAGAAUUGUAUCAACACUCAAGGCAGUUACACUUGUGGCUGCCAGGAAGGUUAUACGCAAGAUGGAGAUGCUUGUCAUGAUAUAAACGAGUGCGACCAGGCUGGAACUUGUCCGAAACCGGGCACUUGUAUCAAUACUCUUGGCAGUUUCCGUUGUAUUUGUCCGCGAGGAUUCAAGCUUGAUCAAUCUGGGCGAAUCUGCGUGGAUCAGAACGAGUGCGCUGACGAUACCGCGUGCGAACACGGUUGUCAGAACUUUAUGGGAAGCUACCGUUGCGGAUGUCCCGAAGGAUUCGUUCAACACCUUUACUAUAAUCAGUGCAUUGACGAAAACGAAUGUAACACAUCCCCAUGUGGGGACAACACUUGCAUCAACACGAUUGGUAGCUAUAAAUGUGGCUGCCCCGAUGGUUACCAGUUCGAUAGUAAUUUGCAAAUAUGUGUUCAGGUUAGCGCCGGGUGCAUCGGAAGUCCUUGCGCCUUUGGAUGCACUCCCAAUGGAGCAAACGGUUUCAUAUGUGGAUGUCCCACUGGAUAUCAACGAAUUGGACAGGGUCAUUGUCUGUCGACGAUAAACCCACUAUCGCAAGGACAUUACGGCGAAGAUAUUAGCAACGCGCCCACUUUCGUGAUAAAUCCAGAUCCUUAUCACAUACCACCUGCGGAUGAUAAAACUAUAUCGACAGAAGGUUGCUUCUCUUGCAAGGUCAAUGGCAAAGGAAGACACAGAAGAGACUCACGAUCGAAAUCAAUGGACCAAGAAUUGAGUGCACGAAGAAACGAAAUUAUAAAGAGGCGGUUCGCCAGAUCAGCGAAAAGGCACCAUCAUGGCGAGGAACAUGUUCUUAAGAUCAGUCUGAGACAGACCCGGCACCGAAUGAGAAUCAUUAAAUUGCAGCCGGCUGUCAAGGACGAAGACAUGGAAUACACGAUAGUUAAAGGAAACAACGACAACCACUUCGAGAUCGUGAACGAGCACGGAAUAUCGGCUCUUCACUUCCGUAAUCGAUUAAAGGAACCUGGUCAAUUCCGAUUGGUAAUCCAUGGACGUCCACGAAACGGCAUCAGCGAGGAGAACGAGGUCUGGGAAAGGCCUCUGACCUUUAGAGUACACUUAAUAGUAACCGAGUAAUUCUUAGGGAAACGCUGCUCGAUGUUUCGGUUCUUUUAGUCAAUUUUUACGUUGCCACUCAGAAUACCGAAACGGAAGCUAAUCCGAGCGGGAACGAGAGAUUGCCGGGCUGAGUAUUAUACAGGCAUGAUUCCAUUCUCGAAUUAGACGCUUUGCCUGACUCGCGUCGUCUCACUGCCAAAUAAUUAUUCUUAUUCUUUCUUUUUACGUUGCUAUGUAAAAUGAUUCUUUAACACUGCCUCUGCUUUUACGUAUUUUCGUUCAUUUUUACUUUUUACGAUAGAUAUGUUCUUUUUUUUUUAAACGUUUGAGAUUUGACGAUUGAAAUAAUCGAGAAUAAUCGAGUAAAUAAUCGAGAAUGCAAAUGUUUUGUAGAAAAAGAUUAAAAGGAAUAGGUUAAUGUUAAAAAGACACAUGGAAACACGAAACUGCCCUCAGAAUCUCUGCCGUAUGUUUUAACUGCCCGCAGUAACAUGUUACACGUAGAAAUAACACUCUAGGGAUGUACAAAACGGAAAUGAAUUUUUCUAUUAAACCUAAGUAAAUGAAAAAGAUGUAUACAAAUAUACAGACAUAGCUUUAUAUAUUUAUAAACGUUUAUAGUCUACUAGCAGGUAACAAAAUGAAUUAGCGCGAACUGGUGUAGAGAUCAUAGAUUAUAUUAACCCUAGCAUUGGCAA